CCCGUGGUAGAACAGCAGGACUUCAUCCAUUCAAUGGAAAUCCUUCCUGAUAAACAGGCGUGCGUACGUGCACGCUCGUGCUUGUGUGGGUAAGGGGAGGGCCGGUGGGCGGGCCUUGGAGGAACUCCAUCCCACCUCGGAAACACCAACCAGGUACGGCGGCUCCUUCCUCCUCCUCCUCCUCCUCCUCCUCCUCCCGGAGCUCCAUCGCUUCCAUCGCGGCGCAGUGACAGAAAACCCGCAGUGAUCCGGGCCGUGAGCGGGACCCGCGCGCCCUUCCCGCAUGGAUCCCCGUCUGCCGGCCGGCCCGUGAGCAGCCGCCGCAGCGCCGCACGUCCUCCAUCUCCGUCCGCGGAGCUGUCCGCGCGCGCGUCCGGGACUCCGGAUGGCUGGACACGAGCGGCAGGACUGGUUCGAGCGCGAGGAAUUCAUCGGACAGAUCAGCGACAUCCGCGUCCAAAACCUGCAAGUGGAAAGGGAGGCUGUGCAGAAGAGGACCUUCACCCGAUGGAUGAACCUCCACUUACAAAAGUGCGACCCGCCGAUCCAGAUCCAAGACCUGUUCCGGGACAUCCAGGAUGGGUUCAUCCUCAUGGUUCUGCUGGAGGAACUCUCCGGCUGCAAACUGAUUCAUGGAUUCAAGAAGUCCAGCCACCGAAUUUUCCGUCUCAACAACAUUGCCAAAGUCUUAGCUUUCCUGGAGGAGCGAAACGUGAAGCUGGUCAGCAUAGAUGCGACCGACGUUGCCGAUGGAAACUCCUCCAUCAUCCUUGGACUCAUCUGGAACAUCAUCCUUUUCUUCCAGAUUAAGGAGCUAACCGGGAACAUCCGGAGCCAGUUCCCCUCCUGCUCCAGCCUGUCGUCCAUCCCUACCAGCUCUGACUCCGACACGUCCCACAGCAGCACGCCGUCCGAGGAGAGGCGGAACGCCAGCAACGCUCUGAAGGAGAACAGCAAAGCCAUCAAAAAGCUGCUGCAGUGGAUUCAGAGAAAAACUCGCAAGUACGGGGUGGCGGUUCAAGAUUUUGGGAGAAGCUGGACGAGUGGAUUGGCCUUCCUGGCCCUCAUUAAGUCCAUCGAUUCCAGUCUGGUGGACAUGAGGAAAGCUCUGCUGAGGAGUCCCAGAGAGAAUCUGGAGGACGCCUUCAGGAUAGCUCACUACAGCCUGGGAAUUCCCCGCCUGCUGGAGCCUGAAGAUGUGGGUUUUAAUGAGCCAGACGAGCAGUCCAUCAUCAUGUAUGUCUCCCAGUUCUUGGAGCAUUUCCCUGGUCUGGAGGAGGCGGAAGAGUCCGCUCACCUGAUCGAGCGCAGCGUCUCCAUGGGUCGCCUCAACGACUCCGACCUGAUGAGAAACGGCGCUCACCUCGGCAGAGUGAAAGAGCGGACCAGCUUGUUCCAGAGAGACGGCGGCAAACCGCCGCCCAAAAUCCUGCUGUCUUCCGUGUCGGAGGACAGGGGCGUCCUGUCGCCUCGCCUCAGGGUGGCUGCGACUCGCUCCUGGUCCAGCGAUGACAUCCUGUCCGACCCGCCUUGUGACGUUGUCUCUCACGAAGCCCAACGAGUCGCCGACGUCCAGCAGGACUUGAGCUGCACGUCACCUUCAUUCACACCUGAUUCUGGAAACCCCGAGCCUCUAAUCCCCGACUCCGCCAUCCACUCCCCAGACUCCUGGGUGGAGAGCGAGCUGAUGCCUGAGAGCCACAGCGACAGCUCUCUGUUUGACAGCGGGCCGGGCUGGGAUGUGUACCGGGCCACGCCGGUGCAGGUGCUGCCAAUGGAUGAAGGAUUCAUGUCCCCCAUGGAGGACAGAGCUCCAGAUGAACCCUCUGUGACGGGAUCGUACAGCGACGAAGGAGUGUCCUCCAUGGAGAGCACCCAGGACAAAGGCCAGCAGCUGAACUCAGAGAAUCCGGUUCUGGAACUCAUCACUGAUCCAGGACACAGUGACACUUCAAAAGAGGUAGAAUCCAAUCACAUCAGUCCACUUCAUCAAGAACCGUCCUGGACGCUCAAUGAGGAAGUAACUCUCCUCCAAGAUGAUCAAACAAACCAUUUCCAACCCGACUUCUCCACCGAGCAUGAAGAAAGCUCUCAGAGAGAACAAGAAGGAGACACAACGAAUCUAAAUGAACAAAUUGAUGGUCCGUCUGAAGAACCGGAGAGCAUUACCUCUGAGGAGGAGUAUCCAAAAGCUGUCUCCUCACUGGAAGAUGAAGGAAUGGACUCUAAAAAUGAGCCACACAAUGUAAGCAAUGAAGAGCAGAAAACACAGGAGGAAGAACUCUUAGCUGAAGAAAUCUGUAGUUCUGAGACGAUUUUACCAAAUCAAGAGGAAACGUCAAAAACUGGUCUCAUUAUUCCCAUCAUCUCCAUCUCCAGUGAGUCAAAGGACCACGAAGAAGAAUCUGAACAAGAAGAUUGGGAAACCGGUGAGAAUCUAGACAAGAAGACUGAGUCCGGAAAUGGGGGAGAUGACACAGAACCGAACAGUCCUACAAGUCCAGUUCCUCUGGAACAAGGUCUACUAGAGUCUGUCUGCAGUGAAGACCUCAAAGAAGAACCUGAAGAGAGACCGUCCAGUCUGAUACCAGAAAGUUCGGACACAAGACCUCUGCAACAACCAACCGAAGACGAACAAGGAAGAAGCUCUGUUACAGAAUCUGUCCAGAACCAGGAAGUGGACGAACCCAGACAAGAGGACAGUUCUGAUGAUCCUCCAGUUGUAAAGGAGUCCGCUUCUCCAGUGAAUCUUGACAGUGAUGCAAUACCAGCCGGUCCUGCCUCCGACAGCGGGUCAGAAGUCCCUUAUCUGAGCAUAAUGGACACAGAUGCCUUCGAGCUGACUGAACCAACAGUUCCUCCGUCUUCUGGACCAUCAGGAUUCAACAGAACCACAGACUUGUUCUAUUCCCAAUUUGAGGAAAACUCUCCUGCAGAGCAUCCAGUUGCUGCCCCAGUGGAGCCCAUGGAUCUGUUCUACCCCGACAAAGAGGAGCCCAUGCUCUCAGAGCCUGCUGACACCGAGAUGCAGCGGUGGCCUUCAGUUCUGAGCGUCUCAGCUCUGGAGCCGGCGCCAACGUCGGCCGAUGACAUGGACGACCAACUGAUGAUCGGAGAGGAGGACGAUGAUGAACUGAUUCCAUCCAAUCAGGAGCGUCCUGACGCCCUCUCCACCCAGGAGCAGUAUGAGGUUCCGGUUUGGGAAUCGCGGGCGGAUAUUCCCGCAGACAUCAGGAACUCUGAGAGGAGAGAUGCAGGAAGUUCCAGCGGAACAGACGAGAUCCAGAUCCCUUCAGGUCUCCGUCGCAGGAAGGGGCCUCACCUCGUGGAGUCCAGGGGGGAAAACCAGAGAGCCGCGUUAAGAACAGCCAAACGGGAGGACUCUUGGUGGAAGGAGAACUCGGACCUGUAUCUGCUGCUGCUGCUCUGGCUGCUUCUCUACUGCCUCCUGCUGCUGCCGCAGAUGGACCUGCAGGAGCUGCCGAGUCUUCUGCUGAACUCACACUGAAGCUUGAACACACUCGAGUCCUUUCCACACACGAGACG